AUGCGGGCGUCUGGACGGGAGUUCGUCGCCAGUCAAGUUUCGGUGCCUCACGUUCCGGCUGGUGGAGUCACAGCGUCCGCGCAGCCAGUUUAUAGCAGUUCUGCGAUCAUGCUUGUCGGGCUUGGGUGUUCCACCGUGCUUGGUUUGGAUUAUGGGGCACUCCUACGUGUUCUGGGGAGCGUUGCGAGCGGCAGUCAGGCCGGACGGGCGGCAGUUGUCGAUUUCGAGAGAGGUGGCGUUCCUCCAGGGUAUGUACUGUCUGGUGACGAUGGAGAUGUUCUCGCUGGUGGUCUCCAUCUUGAUGAUGAUGUUACAGUUAAUGGUCACUGUUUUGUCCCAAGUAAAGUAAACCAGUUUUUUGUUCUCUCACAACGUCUGAGCGCCGUUCAUGCUCGCAACACAAACACUGCAACAGGUUGUGGAAGGCCAUUGGUAUCAGAAAGAAUCGUAGGAGGAACAGAUUCACAGGUUGGAGAAUGGCCAUGGAAGGUCAGCCUGCAGAGAGAUGGCUUUGCCCUGUGCGGGGGGUCACUCAUCAGUGAUUCCUGGGUGCUGACCUCCGCUCAUUGCUUUGAAACGCCGGUGAAUAUCUCAGCAUAUGCCACAUACCUUGGAGUGAGUAAGCUUUCGGAUCUGCAGAACCCCAGCACUGUGGUCAGAAGAUUGAAGCAAGUCAUUAUACACCCCACAUUCUCAGGCGAAGGAUCCAGUGGAGACAUUGCCUUGGUGCAGUUAGAAGAACCAGUCAAUUUCAGCCCCCAUGUACUUCCCGUCUGUCUGCCACCUAAGACUCUGAAACUCGCUGAGGGAACCUUGUGCUGGGCAACUGGCUGGGGCGACAUUAAAGAUGGAGUGCCACUGCCCAGCCCAGGAACUUUACAGAAGGUCCAGCUCGCUCUGAUUGACAACAAGAACUGUGAAUCCAUGUACCAGACCAGCUUGGGCUACAACCCCAAAAUCAAGCUGAUCCAGAAGGACAUGCUCUGUGCUGGUUACAAAGAAGGAAAGAAAGAUUCAUGUCAGGGUGACUCAGGUGGACCCCUUGUCUAUAAUAUGGACGGUGUCUGGGUGCAGAUUGGCAUCGUCAGCUGGGGUUUUGGAUGUGCGGAGCCCAAACAUCCUGGGGUCUAUACAAGUGUCCAAUAUUACCUGUCCUGGAUUGAGGAUUCUAUAACUGAGCGGAAGAUGGAAAAAUUCAACAGCUUGUAUCUGACCAAUAACAUCAAUAUCACAAAGCAAAACCUUACAUUCCAACCAAACAAAAGUAGCCUUAGUUAUAUGGCAUAUGACAAAAAUGUUACAGAGAGCGGGAACCUAACCGACAAUAAUACCGAUCCCAACAUGGGGAACGCUCAGCCAAGCAGUGGAGCACAUUCUAAUCUUUGGUCCAUGGCUAAUGUCUUGCUCAUCCUCUUGGGUCUUGUGCUACUUCUGUAG